GCAGAGUGCUUGGUUUGAAUCCGGCAGACGCAGCUUGGACCCGGACUCCCGGACACGGAACCGGAACCGUUCAUCAUGGCCUCUCAGAACAUGGACCCCGCAGCGGGAGCAGCUUCCUCACCGGCCGCUCUGAAGGGCAGCGAGAGCGGCGGCAGCGCGGCCAGAGGCUCGGUGUCCAAACGGCUGCAGCAGGAGCUCAUGACUCUGAUGAUGUCCGGUGAUAAGGGGAUCUCAGCGUUUCCAGAAUCAGAUAAUCUUUUCAAAUGGGUCGGAACCAUCAACGGAGCUCAGGGGACGGUGUACGAGGGCCUCAGGUACCGCCUGUCUCUGGAUUUUCCCGCCGGUUACCCGUACCAGGCUCCUCGUGUGAAGUUUGUGACGCCGUGUUUCCAUCCCAACGUGGACGACAACGGGUUCAUCUGUCUGGACAUCCUGAAGGAGAAGUGGUCGGCGCUGUACGACGUCCGCUCCAUCCUGCUGUCCAUCCAGAGCCUGCUGGGAGAACCAAACAACGAGUCUCCUUUAAACGCCACGGCAGCCGAACUGUGGGACGAUCAAGAAGCCUUUAAAGCUCAUCUACAUUCGACCUUCCAGAAGUGAAGCAGCUCCACAUUUUCUUCUUCUUCCUCCUCUUCUUCUUCUCCCUCUCUUUCUGUCUGUGUUACGUCUGUUUGUACAGUAUU